GGAUAUAUGACCUGAAAAUAGAACUGCAGAGGGUAUAUAGGGAUGCUGUAUGGCUUUCCCCAUCAGACUCGGGCUCAGUGCAACAGCAAACAAACUCUGUGACAAACGGUUUCAAGUAGAAGAAAUGAACUGCCAACGAGACAGCGUUUCCAGCUAAACGAGAAGAGGAUUUGGACUCGUUUAGGGGAAGCAAAGGAUUUGGAAAGUGCUGGUGUUAUUUGAGACAACCAGGAGCUGCCUCAGCUAGAAACCCAAAGGAUAAAGCCAGGAAAAAGCAAGAAAGACACAGAGCAAAGGAUACUGCUCUUUCUUUGGAUAAUUGUGCUCCAUUGGAUUUCUUUAUUUCCCUCCUCCUGAUCUAAACGCAUUGGAGGAGACAGAGCUACAACCACUGCAAGGAUGAAGUACAACUACCAUGUACCACUGUCUACAUACACACGCAGUUCACAGUACACGCCAACAUACCACACACCUUCCUCUUUCAACCCUUCACAUUACACACCGACAGCGCACACAUCCACAUACGCUUCAGUAUCAAAGUACACCCCAACACAGCUCAGCAGCACGUACUACACACCGACCCAUUACACGCCCAGCUACAAGGCCGCAUCAACAUACGUCCCGUCAUACGGCAAAGGCUCACGAUACAGUUCAGCGCGUCGCACACAAGCACAGGAAACCCCUGUGCCCAUCAUACCCGUCACACCUGCAAAGAGAACUGUGCACUUCCCCAACGACAUCGUCUUCCAAGAUAUUGUUAGACGAGGAGACCUGGAGCAAAUUGGCCGUUUCAUGAGAGCAAGAAAGGUUCGGGUGGAUACCCUUUUCCACUCAGGGAUGGCGGCCCUUCAUGAGGCAGUGCUCACAGGAAACCUGGAGGUGGUGAAGCUGCUUGUGAAGUACGGCGCCGAUGUCCAUCAGAGAGAUGAAGAUGGCUGGACACCCCUACAUAUGGCCUGCAGUGAUGGCUACCCAGAGAUUGCAAAGUAUCUUCUUGCAAUAGGAGCAAGCACAGAAGCAGAGAAUGAAAGUGGAGAGAAGCCUGUGGAUCUUAUUGACCCAGACUGCACAGAGCUGACCAAGCUGUUUGAAACUGGUUGUGUGUGACAGAACACCAUAUGGACCCGAGAGAGAACCAGAAACACGAUAUGAAUCAUAAAAAGAGAGCAAACGGUAAACAACUCUCAAUAAGCUGAACAGAAUGGAUGAAUAUUUCUCUGUUGUCUGUAUUAAAUCACUGGUGCUGUAAUGCAAUGUUGUGUUUGUUACUGACAAAAAUCUCAACCUUCUUUUUGAUUACUACAUCCUUUGAGCAAUACACUGUUAAUCUGUUUCUGGGAGUGACUUCAUUCUACUUUAUGAUGUGUAAGAUUUUAUUUGCGCUUUUGUAUAUUUGUUACCCUCUUGUUGUAAGUGCUGUGAAUAUUUUUCUCUGUAAUUGCCUUACAUGUGAUAGAACCUAAAUAUCUUGAAUUGUUGAGAAUAGGCCAUGUCUUGAUAUCUAUUUUUUUCUUGAAAAAGUUGUAUUUCUAUCGACCAGCUUUUAAGUUCAAGUUUGUGUCCAGUUGUGUUUGAUUUUUUAUGUAGCUGGUUGCACUUAUCACACUGUAGAGAAAUGUAUACUAUAUUUCCACUGCAGGAUUUGGGUUGAGAUGAUUGAGUUUUAUACAUUGCCACAUGUCCUCCCUGCUGGGCAGAAAGAGGAUCAUUCAGAUAAAAGAAACAUACUGACUGUCAUAAAACAGAUAGACACAUAAGCAUAAUGUUUAUGGUGUCCAUGCUCCUCUAGUGCUGCAGCAUCUCCCCUAAUAUAAUAUUACCUUUCUGCUGUAAAAAAUUCAAAUGUUAUCAAUGAAAGUCUUAUUGUUUCAUGUUUAAUUGUUAAUUUUGUACAUUUUCAUAAAUAAAGGUAACUUUUAUAUGAACA